AUGAGGUUCUCCGGAGAUAAUCCUUUCGUUGUUUCCUGUCCUCGGGCAGUCUUUUUCUUGGGUGCUAUUUCUUUCCAAACUAAGACUCUACUUCGGGAUCUUGUUAUUCAGUUUGUUCUUGUGUCUCAAUUUCAGGUAUCCCCGCCAGUCUGAGGCCGUGAUCGCUGAGGCUUGCCCAUUCUGCCGUGGGAACUGUAACUGCACCAGUUGUCUGAGGAACAGCAGACAGAUAAAGGUCAGAAAUUUCUACUUGUCUCACGAUGCUUUGACACAAAUGUAGACGCUUUCUUUAUCUGGCUGCGGCUGGCUACGUCUUGACUGUUUUCCCUCGUUGCUUUCUCGCAUAACAUUCAGAAAACGACAUAGUUCGUUUUGUAAGGAUGGAGAUUGCGUGACUGACUAUCCUCUAAGGAAGCCUUAAUUCACUCUAUGUGCAGAAUCGAUGGGAUGAUAUUAACCGUACACUGAAGAUCAAGUAUAAUCGCUAUCUCUUGCAUUGUCUGUUGCCGAUCUUGAGAAAACUUUGUGAGGAGCAGGCAGCAGAGAAGAUGGUCGAGGCUAGGAUUCGAGGUACAUGUUAUUCCAAGUGCAGUAGAGGCUUCUUCAUCUUGAUUCAUCUGCCUGCCAAGAUAUGUAACUUGUUGGCUUUUACGAUCGUUUGAUGUUCAGGACCAUCCGCAUUCAGUCUGAAAAUGAAGGCCAGCAGUUCUGUUGGUGAACGUGUUUUCUGGUUUGACCUCUUUCAUUCCUCCUCUGUUAAUUUCACAUUAUGGUACACAUUUCUAGUAAUCUAAAAGUUAGAUAUUUGGCUUUAAUUAUUUAAACACUCGUCUCUAUGCAGUAACAACUGCAGAACUUCGAUUGCUGAUCUGCAUAGGAGCUGCCCUAUGUGCUCAUACGAACUCUGUUUAAGCUGCUGCCGUGAGAUUCGGGAAGGUAACUUGCGAGGAAACUGCAGAAUUGCUACCUUGAAUUACCCCAAUAGAGGUGUUUCAUACAUGCACGGAGAAGAAGACGCUGUACCAAAGGCUAUUCAAGGCGAUGGAGCUGUGAGACUGAAUACUAGGGUGGAUGUAGGAGACCAGCUUCAGAAGCAUCCAGUUUGGAAAGCUUAUGAUAAUGGGGGUAUUCCCUGCCCUCCUGAAGAACUCGGUGGCUGUGGCAGAUGCCUUCUGGAGCUUAAGCAUCUGUGUCCAGAUAAUUGGGUGGCAAAACUGCGGGCAAAAGCAGAGGAGAUUGACAGGGUUUAUAAUCAUCCAGAAGUUGCUUCUAGUGCCAGAGACAAGAAGUGUUGUUAUCCGGACAAUAGCUCUAACAAUUCAAGGAAGGCAGCUUCCAGGUCUGAUUCAGAGGACAACUAUUUAUACUGUCCACAUUCCACUGAUAUAACUGCAGAGAGCCUGGAGCACUUCCAGAGACACUGGGCCAGAGGAGAGCCUAUAAUUGUUCGUGGUAUCCUUGAAGCUACUACCGGUCUGAGCUGGGAGCCAAUGGUCAUGUGGCGUAUAUUCCGAGGGAACAAAGUAUCCAAGUUAUCCCAAGUAAAAGCCAUUGAUUGCCUGUCUUGCUGUGAGGUUGGUUAUCUCAUUUCCCACAUUUAAAGUUUUCAAACCGGGGAUACCUCAUGAAUACUGAGUCCAAUUGCACGAUGUGAGGUUUUUAUCCACAUGAUUUAUAUAUUUUCAUCGUAUUUGAGAAGAUCGGUUCGUGGUCAACUCGACCACGUAGAACAGAAGUAUGCUGAUUAAUGGGUUGAGGUGACCAGACUACAAGAAAAGUUAGGACUUGAAAUACUACCUUAGAUUGCUGCCAGACUUAAUUCUCGAUGUAAUGCCUCGCGAAACAAAGUUGGAGACUACUAAGGUCACGACGCACUGGUUAUAAAAACAGCAAGCACUCAAUCCUUUUUUUUUUUUUCUAAAAUUAUUCGUAGAACAUGGUAUAUGGUUUGGUCGAGUCUGGGAGUCCUAUCAGAGUCCUAAUAUUAGUUACUCCCAUAGGCGGAAGAUUGUUAAGAGAAACGUUGUGUGAUGCUAUGUUGUGUGCAUCCUACUCAUUGGAACAAGAUCAUCAAAGUUUGAAGUUGCAAUACAUUGAAUCCCACUCUGUCACUGUAUGACUGUUGUAGCCCAUCAAGCUUUCAAGCAUUAAGGAUGCUACGUUUCCUCUUUUCUUUAGGAGGGUCUGUUGCAGUCACUGUUCAAGCACCGUGGGAUACUCAUCUGUCAUCUCUAGUUGUCUGGUAUGAUAGCUAUUGAAGAACCAUAUGCCAUCAGCUGUGACCUCUGAAAAUAUUUUAUAUGAAAUAUGUUGUGGCAUAUUUCUCACAUUAAAUGGAGUAGUUAAUAUGGGCAUUUGUAGAUUUCAGCUUUACUGUGAUGGUUAUUUAUCUUCUUUUCUUUUUUUUCCAAACAUAUAUAGGUUGAAAUCAGUGGCCAAGAUUUUUUCAGAGGUUAUGUGGAGGGACGAAUGUACAGAAAUCUGUGGCCAGAGAUGCUCAAGCUAAAGGAUUGGCCGCCAUUUGAUCAUUUUGAAGAGGUUCUGCCGCGCCAUGCUGAUGAAUUUAUCAGUGCUCUUCCAUUCAGCGAGUACACAGACCCAAGAUCAGGCCCCUUGAACAUUGCCGUGAAGCUCCCCAAAGAGGCCGUAAGACCUGAUCUGGGCCCCAAGACCUACAUUGCAUACGGCAUAAUCGAAGAACUUGGAAGGGGUGAUUCAGUCACCAAGCUUCACUGCGACGUCUCCGAUGCGGUACUCCUCCUUUACCCCGCAAGUGUCUUCUUCUUAUUCCUCAAGUAGCCAUUCAACACCCCUCUUAGCAAGAAAUGCUCUGCUUUCCCCAACAAUAUGCCAUGGAUUUCCCCUUAGGUUCCUCCUCCUUUUCUUGUCUCCCCUUUCUUCAUUGGUGUCAGCCCUCACUUGCUACCUGUCCUGUGAACCCUGCAAUCAUCAGUUCUUGCCCAUUUCCGGGAAUUAAACGAUUUUUUUUCUUAUGAUUUUUCUCUCAGGUGAACGUCUUGAUGCACACAUCAGAGGUAUCAUUAACUGCGCAGCAGGUUUCAGCUGUGAGGGAGCUGAAGCAGAAGCACAGAGAUCAGAAGAGAAGGGAGCUCGGGGAAGGCAUGGGGGCCAGAGGAGAGAGCUCUUCCCACGCCUGCUCCUUGGAAGAGCUUGCGGAGGAGUCUGGUGGGGCGCUGUGGGACAUCUUCCGCAGAGAAGAUGUUCCUAAGCUGCAGGCUUACCUUGAGAGGCAUUCGAGGGAAUUCAGGCACAUUUACUGCUCCCCAGUUAAUCAGGUCGAGGGUCUCUUCAUCCCCAUCAGCAGCUCACUUUGGACCCUGCAACGCUCACUCUUCUCCUCUGAACCUUUUUUUUUUUUUUUUCUUUUUUUGGUAUCGUACAGAUCUUCAAUCCUGUCCAUGAUGAAACCUUCUAUUUGACCAUGGAGCACAAGAGAAGGCUCAAGGAGGAAUUUGGUCAGCCCAGCCUCGGAAUGCGCUUUUUUUUUUCUUUUUUCUUUUAAAUAUUUCAUUCGCAGAUUUUUUGUAUUAUGUCCAUGGUCAGUCGUAGAUUAUAUGAUUCUUCUUUGAUCGCUGUGGCAUUCUUGCAGGGAUUGAACCCUGGUCGUUUCAGCAGAAGCUCGGAGAGGCGGUCUUCAUCCCCGUGGGAUGCCCUCAUCAAGUGAGAAACCUCAAGGUAUUUAUCAUGUUUGACUUUCUUUUUUUUUGGGUCUUUCGGGUAAGUCCCCGUGAACUUUGGGGAUGACGACCUAUGAAUCAUAUAGAUAUUUAUUUUUUUUCUUUGAAGAAAAUUUGAAGUCAACUCUGAUCUGCCUGCUAUCUUCUUUGGGAAACAGUCGUGCACAAAGGUCGCCCUCGACUUCGUCUCCCCUGAGAACAUCGAUGAAUGCAUACGGAUCACCAACGAAUUCAGAUUGCUCCCCAGGAAUCACAGGUCGAAGGAAGACAAGAUCGAGGUAGGAUGAUCCGGUUGUAUUGCCUUUUUUAGACUAUCCUUACUCUAGCUAGAGCUAGAGAGAGAGAGAGAGGAUGCAUUUGCUGCUGCUGUUAAUCACAACUGAUGAAUUUGUUUCCAACGAAACAGGUGAAGAAGAUGGCCCUCCACGCCAUCAAUCACGCAGUGAGGGAUUUGCGCCAGCUGACGGCCGGCGAUCAGUGA